AUGUACAACGACGAUUACGAUCGUAAUGAUCCGAGACGCCUGAGUUAUAUAACAACGCCCCUCGGCGAGUCAAUAACAACCAUUCCGCACGUCGCUGAUGGAUCCGAGUCCUCUCUUUCUUCGUCCUCCCCACUGCAUCAAUCCUCGUCAGAUGUGCAAGCAAUACAGACAAAUGGAAACCAACGGCCGCCGCUUGUUGCACAUCGGUCCUUUGAGGUGGGAGGUGAUCCGGGGAAUGCCGAUGGUGCUCGAUUGCCCUCGGACACUGCAACAUCCUCUUUUCCUCUCAACGAUAUCGACUACGAAUCGAACCCUGCAGCUGUUGCUCAGGAACUGACCAAUCUCGCUGCGAUUCGGCGCAUGUCGAUGGAUGUGGCCGCCGCCGGUGACCCUGACCUCCCAGGCUUCGCACCACCCCCCUCCCCCUCAGCCGACGAAAAUGACGCCUCCCGGUUAUUCUGGGUUCCUGCGCGACUACACCCCGAACUGGCUCCGAAAGAAUUCAAGUCGUUUCUAGAUACCAAGGCCGACCAUAUCAAGCGCAGAUCCGGCGACUAUUCGACUUCAGGUUCCGAACGCCAAGGGUCGGGAGGUGGGCUCCAUCGCAAACGCUCUAUGUUGUCGAGACAAAUCGACAAUUCGUCGGGUUAUACAGAUGGUGCGGAUCGUUUGGAACGUCAACGCUCUCAAUCAAGUAGGCGAGAUGCCAUGUUGAGCCCCAACUUGCAACAGUUGGAAACCUUGGUGGACGAUACGAACCCGCUGAACAAAGAAUCACUCAUGCGCAGCAUGCAGAAGAUUGACCUCGCAGGAAACGAGGACAUGCCGAUCCUACCACCAGCACCUCUAGGAAACAGCCUACGCCGGUCAACCCGGACACAAUAUAAGAAAGCUGGGAGUUUGAAAAAGGGCGAAAAGUUGCCCUACUCUAAACGAGUUGGGCGGGGGGCAUCUGAAUCUGCAGGGAGUGAUACAGGACCUGCGGUUGUUUUACCUCAAGAUCCUACAAUCCCGGGACUCGCCGGUGUCUCCACUGAACCUUCGCCCAAAACGACGCGAGCGGCUCGAGCCCCCUCUGCCUCAUCGCAUGGCUCGGCUUAUGCCCCAAGUUCACCCGCAAGUCCGACAUUCGAUUCAAUUGUCGAUCAGCCUGGGGCCGAGCAGGAAGGCUUGUCCACCUCUAGUGGGCGGCCGGAUGCUGCUCUGGAUCAAUCCGAUUCAGGAGAUACGACCAAUGACAGGAAAUGGCAUUCUCGUAUCAGCUCGAAUGGUCGAUCGACCGCGAACGUAUCCCCAGGCGAGCAGAAGAUCCCUGCAAUAAUUGAAACACCUCCAGCCACUGAAUCGAGCCGCAUACCGAGUCCGCCUUCACCAAGUAGGCGGUCACCGGAUCGUGCCGCAGCAUCUAAACCGUCACCGAAACCCACACCUUCGAAUGACCCGGCACCGAAACGUCCCAAGAAUCCUCGCCAAUCUCCCCAGGAACCCACACCUUCGCUCAAUGAAUUUGCCAAUAACCCUCAGAUGAUACCUGGGAACAGUACCCGCACCGACAGUCUUUCAUUUAUUCCUACUAUUUCAGAAGAACGCAAACCUGAAGAACGGAAGCCCGACAGCAAGAAAUCAAAAGACAAGAAGGACUCUGAUGGUAGCCGCAAGUCUAGUUGGCACUGGUUACUGGGCAGCGAAGAAAAAGACAAGAAGAAGGACAAGGACAACGACUCGAAAAAGACUAAAUCAAAGGUUGUCGAUAAAACUCAUGACAACACACGCCUAGAUGUUUUACAAUCAUCUAUCGAGAGCACCCCGCGGGCACGCGAAAGCCUCGUUUUGGACCGCCUUGAUCCGAAGCUCGAGGAAGAACGACGAAAAGAUGGCGUGAGGAGGGCAUCGGGAGACUCAAAGAAAGAAAAGGACGGCAUUUUCUCUUCUAUUUUUGGUGGUGGACGGAAGAAGCACAGUAGUGAAGGUCACCACCGAAAACAUUCGUCACGGAACCUUUCUCCUGAACCCCCAAUGCGAGUACUUCGCGCUGAUGUCGAUUAUCCGUGGACCCGCUUCUCGAUUUUGGAGGAGCGAGCUAUUUACCGGAUGGCGCAUAUCAAGCUUGCAAAUCCCCGGCGAGCUCUGUACUCUCAAGUAUUGCUGAGCAACUUCAUGUACUCAUACCUAGCCAAGGUACAACAGAUGCAUCCGCAGAUGUCGGUUGCUUCGUCUGGAUCGUCCCAGAGAUCAUCGAAAUCACGGGAUCAGCCAGACGAGUAUCAACAAUAUCAGCGAUACCAACAGGAGCAGCAACACUACGGAGAAAGUGCCUAUGACGAAUCUUCCAUGUAUGACUAUGAUGACGAUCCGCAUGAUCGCUACGGUAGCCAUUCGAGGAGCGACAAGCAGGGCUAUGAAAAUGGCCAGGCUUACGGCCCAGGCCACCAGCAACACGGACACUCGUCCUUUGGCGACGACGUUCAACUCGAUGACGACGAUGACGAUGAUAUGUGGUGA